UUGCAAAGCGAUUGACCUGUGCAACGCAGGGUGCUCAAGCGAAAGUUAUUUCUGCUCAAAGCCCCGGAAGCCCACGCUGAGACCACCUCCCCCUACGCCUGUCUCGCCAGCUCGGCUCUAGCUUCUGUGGGUGUCCGGCGAGAAUAGCGGGGGCGGAGGCGUCCCCUGGCUUGUCUGCGUUUUACCUAACGGGAGACGCGCUCCGAGAAAGCAGCUGUCGUCGCAACAUCUGGCAGGAGGCGGGGCCUGCCUCCGGCCACGCUCCCCGGGCUCCUGGACGGCGUCUCCCGCGUUGGGGCACUUGGAAGCAGCUCAGCCCGAGCCAGCCAGCAGCGCCCUCCCACCGCCAGCCCCAGCAUGCCGGGGGCGGCGUUCCCAGGCUAACCCCCCACCCCCCGCUUGUUUGCUCCGCCGAGUGGCCCGCGCGGGCUGGGGCCAGUGAGAGGGGCCGGAGUCCAGCAGCCGGGCAGGCACCUGCAGUCCCUGUCAUGAACUGAUGGGAGUUAGUGGACGGCUGUGAUAUCGUUAAGAAGGCCUAAGAAGCCAAUCACAACAUGCCUUUGGACAUUCCAUUGAUCAAAGCCUGACUUUAAUAAAAUGUGAUGGAGGAAAAGAAAAAGGCAGUAUCAAUUAAAAGUUAGCAAUAUGACAGGUCUGCUAGUCAUGAAACGGAUUCUGCUGGUGGUUUUACUGGCUGCUGCUGCUAUGUAUGUUAUACUUCACUGCAAUCUGUGGAACACAGAUGUCUAUUUGCAUCCAGACCCCUAUCUCCCACUUAAACUCCAGCAUGAUCUACAAACAAGGGGAAGACAGGUGGAGGAGCACAUAUCUAGCUGGCCAGACCUGAACUGACUGCCGCCUACAGCUACACAAAGAAAAUCUGGACUAGAAAAUUGUUCAUCGGCCCCACCAUUUGAGUCUUUAUGGAAUGGUCAGAAAAUAUAUCCAUUCCUAUGUGUUAAUGACUUCAUGAAACUAGCACUGUCCAAUGGAAAUGAUAAGAUUGAGUUACCUUAUGGAAUAAAGAGAGCAGAGAGUUAUUUUCGCCUCGCCCUUUCAAGACUGCACAACUGCAGACUAUUCAAUGAAGAUAAUGGUGUGAUCUGUAGAAGGUGUGUUGUUGUUGGUAAUGGAGGAGUACUUCGAAACAAGACACUAGGGGAGAAAAUUGACUCCUAUGAUGUGGUAAUAAGAAUGAAUAAUGGUCCCGUUAGAGGGUACGAAGAGGAUGUUGGGAGGAGGACAACUUUCCGACUUUUUUAUCCAGAGUCUAUUUUUUCAGAUCCAAUUCACUAUGAUCCUGAUACUACUAUAGUUCUUCUUGUCUUCAAACCACAUGACUUAAAGUGGCUCUGGAACAUAUUGAAUGGUCAUAAAAUAAACACUAAUGGUUUCUGGAAGAAACCGGCCUUGAAAAUGAUCUAUAAAGUUAACCAAAUCAGGAUACUCGAUCCUAUCAUUAUCAGAAAAACAGCACAUGAAUGGCUUCAGUUCCCAACAAAGUUUCCUAGAAAAGAAAAACCCCAACAUCCUACAACAGGGCUAAUUGCCAUCACACUGGCAUUUCACAUAUGCAAUGAAGUUCACCUGGCAGGCUUUAAGUACAACUUCACUGACCGAAACAGUUCUUUGCACUAUUAUGGCAAUGAGACCAUGUCUGCGAUGAUUGAGAAUGGAUACCACAACAUCAUUGCUGAGCAAAAGUUUCUGAAGUCGCUUAUAGAUAAGCAGUUUGUGGUCAGCUUGACAUGAGACUGAAUAGACAAUGGAAGAAUGAUCACUAUUUUCAACAAGAUAGAUUUUAUUUUUUGUACUGUAUUUUUAUUUUUUAAAUGCCAUAUCUAUUACAGAAAUAUUUAAAAGAAGCACAGAUGCCUCAUAAAGGUGGUGGUAGCGGAGUUCCACUGUCUAAGACUGAUGAUGAUUGUCGCUAUCUCCUGGCACACAACUAGAGUGAACUGAUUUCUGUGAAUCUAUUUAAUUAUGAAAAAAUACAACCUUCAGCUAAAAAAUAUCAGGGAUAUAAAAAAAUAUGAUGCACACCAUUUAUUUAACAAUAAGAAAAUUUUUCAGCAACUGACUUCUUUUCCGUAUCUUCCUUUCCUGUUGCCCAGAGACUUGGAAGGCUAUGAGAUAAUUGAUAAAGGGAUACAAAGUCUUUCACCUCUCUGUUCUGGUUUGAAAACAAUUUGGGAUAAGUGUAUCUGCAAAUCAUUACUAUCUGAAGGGUAUCUAGUAGCUGUACAGUAUAUAAAGUGCAUUUUAAUCUCAGUCCACCUGGGCAGAUGUCCAUAUCAUAGAAAAUCACCUUCAUAAUUCACAUAGGCUGGUGUUUUCUUGUUGUCUGUCUCAACAAACCAACCCCAGACUAAACUGCCCAUGGACUCCUGGAUGUAGCAUGUGUACACCUGGGUUGGAGACCCACUGGUAUAACAGUGUGGGGAAGUCUGGAUUGAUGCUGCUCGUGCUGUAUCUAAUUUAUGGAUACAUUUGUUCUCAGUGCUGUCAGUCUGAUUUAUUUCACAAGCACCUGAAUUCAUCUUUAAGAGGUAAGCACAAUCUCCUUUAAACUAUGGAGUUCUAGAAGAGUUUUAAAUAUUUGAGUUGUCUUGGCACCAUUGUGUAGUAUUGACCACUUUAAGAUGGAUUCGCAACCAGAACUCCCCAAUGAAUAUGAACUAGAAUCUUGAGUUUGUAAAUUAAAAUUUCUUUUAAACAAAAUGUCUUUGAUGCACAGAUUUCCCUCCCCUCCCCAAACACACAUACUCCGGAGGCCUUGACACUUCUUAUUCUCCCAAAGAUGAAGAUGUAUUUUCCAAAACAGCACAGUUCCCCUCACCAUAACAGGUAACUGUGAAGGGUUUCAAGAGCACCAACAGAUCAUCACAUGUACCAAUUAUCUUUUAUAUUGUGAGCAAAGCAGCAUCUGAGACACACAUUGACCAAUUCUGGGAGUUACAAUUCUGUUUUUAUCUGGCAAUUCCUUUGUCCUCCUUUCCUUUUCCUUUUUCCUGUUCUCUUGAGUUUUAGGCAGUGUGUGUGUGUGUGGGGGGGGGGGGUGCGUGUAUGAGAGAGAGAGAGAGGAUAACAGUUUCAAAAGCACCUAAAUGAUUUAGGAGACUAAACCCUAUUUUCAAAAGAGAUUUAGGUACUUUGGAGCCUAAAUCCAAAGUCCUAAGUGCCUAAGUCAUUCUGAAAAUGGGGCCUAGACUUCUAAGUAAAUUAGGGUCUUUUGAAUUUUUUUACUCAGGAUCUUUAACUAUAAGAUAUUUGGUGGGAUGGUCAUAUAUUGUCCAUGGUAGCUCUAAGUGAAAUCUGCUUGAGAAUGUCGCCAGGAGCUAUGAAGGUCUAAGUGGCAAAGUAAAAUUCCAUUCUAAUCAUCCUAUAAGGUACAUUAGUCAUGAAAGGUAUGUUUUAAAACUCUUUGGUCAAUUGAUCAAUCUUCUAGGAAUCAGAAAAUCACAAAGAAGUAUGCUUCAAAAGAAUUUUGAAAGUGGAUAAAAUAAUCCAAUAUUCCACAGCAGUAUAUAUUAAUUUGAACAGAGAUUAAUCUAACAAACUGGGACCACAGGAUUACGUUCUUCAGAAAUGAGGGCAUGAAGCAAAAGACUGAAUCGUGCUAUAGAGUAUUGAUCACAAUUUCCUAGCAUCAUAAAUGUAAAAGUAAACAAAUACCUGGUUUAGAUGAGAGUGGAGUGGUCAAAGAUUUUCUAUUACCCAUUUUCUAUUUCUGUCUGUCAGAAUUGUUACAAGUAUUAAAAAAAAAAUUGAGUCUCACCCUCUUUUUUUUUUUUUUUUAAGCCGCUUGGUUCUAAGGAGUGCUAUAAUUUUUUUUUACCCUUGAUGGUCUCAGAUUAAGCUUGUUGGAUUAGUCAGGCUUAGGCUCUAGUGAGGCCACAUCAUACUACAUUUUGUAAGGACAUGAUUUUGAGUAAUUCCAAAUGUCUUUAGAAGGUGAUAUUGAGGCUCUUGCUCUGUUAAUCAUGUUUCCACUAUUUUUCUCAUCUCCACACUGCCAUCAUUUUUAGGCCCUUACACAAACUGAUACAUUGUUUGUCACAAGACCUCUUGAAACUGUCCAGCAUUUAUUUCAAUUAAUUUAAAAGGCUUGUCUGUGUGGAAAGAAAACCAUGAGGAAGUUGCAUCAGAACUACAGUCAUUAUUUUUGUGUGUCUAGUGCUGUUGAGAGAGGUUUUUAUGUAAUUACUACAUGUGCGGCUUUCAAAAAGCAUUCAGCAUCACCAUUGACCUAACUCUGCUGCCCUUGAAGACAUUGGUAAAACUCCCACUUCAGUGGAAACAGAGUUAGGCCAAAAGUGAAAAUUCUACCUUAUAAAACUAGGAAUGUGGCAGCCUCAUGCUGGUACAACUACAUGAGGUCUCUUAAGUAUCUGUAUAGAACCCGUUACGUUCUGGCAGAAUGUAGGCAGUACAGACUUGUACCACAAGUGUCCAACUGUAUCAAAGUGUCAACGUUUAGUAUUACAGGAUCGCUUUCCAAAAUUAGCUAUAUAAUUUUCCCUUUCUUUUUGAGAGUACCCUGAUAUUUAUCUUUGUCAUUUCUCUUUCCUUUCCUCUCCACCUUCUUCAUUGAAGAAGGGAUGUAGCAACACAUAGCUUUGGAGAAGUGAUUAGUUCCUCAUCUAUACUUGUUCUCCAAAUUGGUAUCGUCCAUAAAUCUACUCUCAAUCACUUACAUCUUUUCUUAAGUUCCUGUCAUAAGGUUUUUUGUUUGUUUGGAGACCUAGUAAUAAGUUAUUGGUAGGUUUCAGCCAUAAGAGCUGACAAUUGGGGUUUGUGACAGUCUUGUUAUUCACUUAAACUAUACACACAUCGCCAAAUGGUGACAACCGGGAAGGGGGAGAUGGUUGUGAGGGAAUGCUAAAGAGAGCAAAGUUAAGCUUUCAGAGCUCCCCUAAUACAUGGUC